AUGUCUACUACAGCACCCUCCGCAUCGGCCCUCCCGCCCGCGCCAUGGAAGUCGAUGUUCAGCGAGCAUAUCUCCAAGAUGAAGUCGCCCGAGUUUGUUCUCGGAACACUCGAUUCAGCACCCAAGGGCUCACCCACCCCUUUCGUGCCACGCGUGCGAUACUGCAUCCACCGCGGCUUCUGGGCUGAGCUACCAGAGAACAAGCACAACGAUGCGGAACGCAACCCUCAAGUCUAUCAGAGCGAUUGUCCUACAUUCACAACAGAUGUUCGCAUGGAGAAGGUGGGACAGAUAUUCGCAACGGGUGCCGGACACGCAGAGAGCAAUGCUCAAAUACAGGGUAGUGGUGGUGGAGGCCCUGUGGAGGCUGUUUACUGGAACGCUGAUACUGGCACACAAUGGAGAAUCAAGGGAAGGGCAUUCGUCAUCGCCGACGAUAUCGAGGGUGAUGAGGAGAGCAGUGGUGUGAGGACUGUCAAGAGCGAGGUGGGAAAGAGGAUGAGAAUUGUUGAUGAGGGCAAGGAAGACCAGUUCAGUUGGCAGAGGGAGCUGACAGGAUUCUUUGGCAACCAAAGUCCCGGUAUCAAAGGCUCAUUCAAGAACCCCCCGCCUGGUCAGCCUACAUCCAAACCUUUCGACGACAAGAACCUCGCACUUGGGUCCAAGGUGGAUGACUUGAAGGACCCUGUUGCACGCAAGAAUUUCCGCCUCGUGGUCAUCGUACCAGACUCGGUGGAGCAGACUGAUCUCAGCAACCCUGAAAAGGCACGGAGAUUUAGAUAUACAUUUGACGAGAGCGCAAAGGCCAACGCCGGAUGGAGGACUGAGGAGCUAUGGCCUUAG